AUGACUGUGAAGCCUUGUGCAGGCAAUUGUUUGCGUAUGCGUGUACAUGCAUACACAUGCAUACGUAUGCGUUCUGGAAGAAUCAUUGAAUCACAAGAUGUCAAUCAGGAAUUGGACAGCCAGUCUUCAGCAUCUGCUGUGAAUCGAAGAUAUGUUUUGCCAAAUGGAAAAAUCAUGCCAAACACUAUUUUUGUUGGUGGAAUUGAUUUUGAGAUGGGUGAGGAUGAAAUGCGAAACUUCUUUACAAAGUAUGGUGCUGUGAAGCAAGUUAAAAUAAUCAGUGAUGGAGGUGGUGUUUCAAGAGGAUACGGUUUUGUUUCAUUUCACAAUGAUGUGGAUAUACAGAAGAUUAUUUCAGAAUCUCAGAUUAACUUCAAAGGGAAGAAGUUGAAGAUAGGACCGGCAAUCAGGAAGCAACAAGACUCGUAUCCAAUUCAUUUGGUCCAGGCAAGAUCAGCUCCCAUUAUUACGUCACCAACUUCCUGUGUGUGCCAAAACACAGACACCUAUUUCCAUUCUCCUACAUUUCCUGGGUCAGCUCUUCAGUAUGUACAGACUUAUUCAUAUCCCAGUUCUCAGACAGUACCACAAAUUCAAGUGGGUUAUUCACCUCCCAUGUAUAAUUAUCAGGCAGCGACACAGUGGUCACCAAGUGGUCAAUGGAGAUGGAUGAUGCCUCAGCCUGCCACAGGGGGAUAUGCAAACUUUCCCUGUCCUGAAAUGAUUAAUCCAGGAACUGUAUUUGUGCAGAGGGAAUGUGAUGCACAACAAACUUCAACAUCACCAUUAGACACUGUAGAAAAGAAAUAUGUUGAUCGUGGAGUGCAAACGCAGUCAUGGACAUAUUUGCCAAUGAAUAGGCACAGAUCCCAACGUCAAGCAUCAGAUGAUUAUAUAAAGGCAUUCCGCUUCUUACGAGCUCUUGUGUUUGAAGAUCGCAAAGAUCUGGGGCCUUCAGUCUCACAGCGAAAGAUUUUUCAGCCUCCUGGAGGAUACGAGUUUCCUGCUGUGACACUGACCCUCGGUCUUCCCAUCACCAGAGCCCCAAACUCUUGGGCUUUUAAAUUUGAGCUGGACUCUCAGGCCAAACUCUUGGCAUGUUGA